GUUGUGUCGUCGUCGUCGCGUUGUCGAAUAGUGGAAGGUAAAGCGGGGCAAGGAAAAGGGAAGGAUCGGUGAGGGGGAAGAGAGCGACACCCGUAGCUCCGCUUUACCGCCGCAUUCUCGAGCGUUCGUCUCCGUUCGUCUCCUCGUACGGCAAGCAAGCGAGCGAAUGCACGUCGUCGUGUCGCGCGCAUACCAUUAUUUCGUGUCUCGUGUUCAACCUAGAAUACGGUUUCUCUUGUAUACGUAUCAACAGCGUACAUCUGUGCAUCGGUAUUAAUGACGCUUAGUCGUUAGUCAGUUUUCGAUGAACGUUUAUUGCUAGAGUAAGUGUGGUAAAAAUAUCUGGCGUCCGAGUAACGUGUUCUUCUUUUUCUUUGCUCCGCCUUUACGGCGCGUCGCUCACUUCGAGCGCUAGAACGCGUUUGCUAAAAUUUCGAUGCUCGAUAAUUCUCAAACUAUUGAACAUCAUUUUUCGUGGCGUUACGAUAUUAUUUAUUGUAAUUACGAUACAAAGUGAAAAGGAAACGUGAAAAACGUAAUGGGAAUAUAUUGAGUGAUUUUUCGAGAGUGAAAUUGAUUUUACAUGGUGUUUAUUUUGCGGAGACUAGCACAGUCUCUCAUAACAAAUAUGCUAUAAAACCGUUAUCGUGCAUCCAAAAAGUGCAUAAAGGAUAUAUAGAAACAGAAUAAUAGACGUGAAAAAGUGAAUGUGAGUGAUACGUUAAUACGUUGUGACAACGACGACGACUCGGCGGAAUAUUCGUGGACGAAGAAAUCGACCAAAAUGAUGGGGAAGAGAACGCAGUGCUACUUGUGCGAUCUGCCUAGAAUGCCCUGGGCAAUGAUCACGGAAUUUUCGGAACCCGUGUGCCGUGGUUGUGUGAAUUAUGAGGGUGCCGACAGAAUAGAUGCAGUAUUGGAAUCGGCUAAGCAAAUGAAAAAAGCACACGGUUUCCAUGAAGCUAGAUCUUCUACAUCAAAAGCUUAUAGAACAUCCGGACAUACUGAACACAAUGGAGGUGCUAAUUUGGACGUUCUACCGAUACAGAAUACUGGUCAAAAUCAUUCAAGGCAUCACAAUAUUGCUAGUUAUUCGCAGCUUCAUCAUCGAAACUCCAUUACCGAAUUCAACUCGGGUACAUCAAGGCAGCAAAUCUCUCGGCAACACGAGGAAACUCAUGAGAUUGCAAAUGGCAUGAGGAGUAAUAACGUGAGAAUCCCAAACGCCCACCUAGCUGCAGUGGCGCAUCACGUGAAUCUUAGCCACAACAGAGGUAUCGCACAACUCAAACGAAGUAUUUCCACAAUCGAUGAGGAUGAGCAUGCUGAGAAAAGACUUUCGUUGGAAGAACAGCAUUCGGUCAGGCCACCAUUGACUAGAGGUGAUUCCUUACCAGCUGUAAGUCUUGCCGUCAGUUAUGUACAAGAUAGAAGCAAAGAGAAACAUCCUGUGAGAGCACCCAGCUUCGAGACCGCCACUUCAUUCAAGGCCAAUGGGGCAUACGUUGGUCCAUCUAUUCCAUUAGCACCAGCAAAUGUAGCGGCAAAUGGUGGAGGGUCUCCUCUUCGUCCACGAACUAGCCCUCCACCACCGCCGCCACCAACACAAGAAACAACUAAUGAUAAUCCACAGACGAAUCAUCACCAGGGUACAACAAACGGCCCAUCUCCAAUGGCCGCGCUCAUGUCUGUUGCUGAUAAUUUAGCAUCACCAGAAUCAGUGCCACAACCACCAAAUAACCCAAGUCCAACUAGCAGAAGCCCACCGACUACGGCUACAAACGCUCAACAACGCAGUGCCUCCAGAGGGUCGCAGCAUAGCCCGAAUAGUUCAGCAUCGUCGGGUAGGAGGUCCAGCGGUUCAAGACACGUAUCGUCAACGACUGUAACAACAUCAUCAGAGGGAGCAGUUGCUCAGGUUGCUGGUGCCGAACAAGUCUCAGCACCAAUAUUAAAAUGCACGUUGUGUCAAGAACGCCUCGAGGACACGCAUUUCGUUCAGUGUCCCAGCGUACCGCAUCACAAAUUUUGUUUCCCAUGCAGCCGAGAGAGCAUAAAGAGACAGGGCGCUGGAUCAGAGGUUUAUUGCCCAAGUGGCGAAAAGUGUCCACUGGCGAACAGCCAAGUGCCAUGGGCGUUCAUGCAAGGCGAGAUAGCCACUAUCUUGGGCGACGAUACCACCGGUUCUGGGCUUAAAGUAAAGAAAGAAAGGGAAACUUAAAGAUUCUCACACGUUGUUUUAAAACGGGGCUCAAAUUUUGCACCCUCUUUGACGAGGGUUAAUUAUGGUGGAACCGUGAAGGUUUAACCAAAAAAAAAAAAAAAAAUACUUUUUGGUAAAGGUGAUAAAUGUUGGCGGCGAAUAUUGCCAACGUUAUUCGACUCGAGCCAAAGACGUUGUCGGUGCAAAUUGGAAUUAAUAAACGAAGAUGUUGUUGACGUUGUUGUCGGGGAAAGUGGACGAUUUUUUUUCCAGCGAUUUGUUUCGCUGUGAAUGUUCUCUCUUCGCCGAGGCAAUAACAGACUGUUUCGAUCGAUCGAUCGAUCGAUCAAUCGUUCGUUCGUUCGAUCAAUUGUUUUUCGACUGGUUCUGAGAAGAAGUCUUUGGCAUUUUUUUGACAAACUGGCGUCGGUUCUGCAUACGUGUAUAUAUCGUGGGAUUAUCGUAGGACGGUUAAUGCGCGAAGAAGUAAAAAAAAAAAAAAAAAAAAAAAAAAAAAAUAAUAAUACGUGGUUUCUAUCGAAUAUAUACGAAUUAUACGUAGAAGAAAUCACGGGAGAGAUUUUGUGUCCGGUUUGGGUUUGUACUUAGGCUCGAUCGCCUUUCUUUAUUGUUUCUUGUGUCGCGAUAUUUUCGCGUUUUUUGAAGUACAACAACAACACACAAAGGACCUACACUGUACACACACACACACGCACACACACACAAUGUAUACACGCAUGAUUUGUUGCGUACACGCAUACACAAAUUACUAAACACACGAAUAUACAUGUACACGUAAGACACGUAACACGAUACUGUUAAAAAUUAGGCGGUUGUAUUGUACUUUAUUUUUUAUUCACGCUAUACCGUGAUCGCGGAUUAACCGGAGUCGGAAAUAUCGUGCUUCGGUAUUCUAAAGUCCGUCGAGAAAAUCUCUGGACGGAUAUCCUUUUCUAAUCUUUCAUUUGUAUACUCUUUCUACUAUUACCACACACUCGUUGUAUAAUAGAAACGUAAAAAAAACAUGGCGGACAUAUUUAGACCCAGCGUAUGGGUUCUAUCUGUACAUUAUGUAUAUGUGUACAUACCACAUUAUUAAUAAAACUUAUGGACUAAAGAGGAAUAACCAUUUUUAAAUGUACAAAAAGAAAAAUUUACAUUCGUUUUGCGUGUUAUUAAAUUAUUUUUCUUUUUUUUUCUUCUUUCUUCUCGAAUUAUUAUAAAUUAAACGAAAAGUCGUACGUCUAAAAAAAAAUAUUUUGCAAAAUAUUCGAGCGAAUUUUGUUUUUGUUUUUUCUUUUCGUUCUUUCUCGUUUGCGAAAAAUUGCGAAAUCUCUUUUUAAGAUUUAAAAAAAAAAAAGAAAAAAAAAAAAGGAAAAAAAAAAGGAAAAAGGAAAAAAAGAAAAAAAAAUAUACGAGAGAGGAGAGAAGGAUUUGGAAAAGGAGGGGUGGUUAUCGUUCUUAUCCAGUCAUUCGUAAUAAUAAUAAUAAAAAAAAAAAAAAUCGGUAUCCGAUUAUGUAACGUCCACUUUCGCCUUUAGUUAUUUGCUAGACUUUAAGUGAGAGGGCCUUUUGGUUUUUCAUUUUGCUGAUGAAAAAGAUGAUGCCCGUCAAAUAGGAACCAUACACUCGCUAUUGUCUCUAAAAAAACGUAAAAGAAAAGAAAAGAAAAAAAAAAGCGAUAAAAAAACGAAGAAAUGAAAAGUGAAACAAAGCGGAAAAAAGGGGAAUGGAAAGAAACGAAAUGAGAAACCGAAAAAAAAAAAAAAAAAGAAAGAAACGUAAGCAAGCAUAUAUAUAUCUUGGUAUCUAACUGGUGUCCGAGAAUAAUUUUCAUCGACGAGAGUUUUUGUCCGCUCCUCGACAUUUCUCGGGCACGAGCAUGACUCCUUUUUGUAUAUAUUUGUACAAAAUGGAUACAUAUUGGCACAAUAGACGAAGAACAGAGUGACGUGAAAUUGCGCGGGAUCGCGCGCGUUGCGUUGCUCGGGUUCUAAUCAAAGACGCUUCGUACUAAAUCGUUAGACUCUGAUUUUCCGGUGGAACUUGACGAACUCAUCGUUUCUGUUGGUCAACGGCGCUCUUUUUUCGAAUGACACAUGUUGCUUCGAUACUUCGAUUUCGAGAAUUCGAAAAUCGAAGCAGCCUGUGUGUAGAGGCUAUCUGCGUUUAGCGUAAGCAAACUUAUUGUAACGAAAUAGGAGUGCAAAAUUGAUAAAAAAUGAGUGAGAGAAUGCUGAGUGAUGAGAUAUGGUGCGAAAGAGAUUUAUUAAUCCUUUCGUGACUAUGCCCUUAGUGUUGAGAGUGUUCUUUUUUUUUUUUUUUUUAUAUAUAGAUAUAUAUAUAAGUCAAAAUAAUUAAAAAUUUUGUGAUACGAAAGGAAAUAUGUGUACGAAUAUUUAAGUACAGUUGAUGGAAGUAUUGUAACGAGAUCAUCAAAUUUGAUUAGAUAUUAAUCCUCUGUAACACUUUGUAAUUUGGAAUUCAGUAACCGUGUAUGACGUAUAAGAUAUUUCUUAUUAUAUUGUUGUAUCUUACAAAUAUAUUACAAUAAUGAUAUUAAAUAAAUUUGUUUAUAUCAUUUAUUGGUUUCAAAUUAAAAACUUGUAAUAGUUAAUUAUAUAUUUUUUUUUAUAAAUAAACAAGUUAUAGAGGGUUAAUAAUCCAAGUUCGAGUUUUGCUCAGGAUUGUAUAAUGUCAACAUAGAGUUAUUUUUUUUUUUUAAUAGUAUGUUUAAAAAAAUUUUGUACAUAUAGUUUAGAAAACAGGUUCUAUAAAUACGUUAUUUUUAAUAUAUACAUAGAAUAAUACAUGUAUGUAAAAAUUACAAUUCUGCAAUGCUGCUGCAUCUACAUAUAAUUUCGUAAUUCUAAAUGGCAACUGUAUGGCUUUUUUUAUGAAAAUAAGUGAAAGUAUAGUUAGAUAGAAGUUGAGAAACAAUUAAUGUAACAUCUGGAACUUGUUAGAUUAUCUUUUCAUACCAGAAAUUUAUUAUAAAGCAUAAGUAAGUAAAAAAGCUAUCAUUUUCUUUUUUUUUUUAGAAAUAUUUAAAAUAAAUUUAAAAUUAAAAAUUAAUAUACAGAGCCCAAUUUAAUGUUCCAGAAAUUCUGGAUGCCGACCAAUUUUGCCUUAUGAUACUGAGUCAUAACAGUCGUUCAUAUAGAUUAUCACUUAAGAGAGUUAUUAUUUUAUGCAAUAUAAAUACAAGAAGGUUAAAGUGUUAGUUUUAAUUCAAUGUUAAUUACUUUAGAUAUCACUAUUAGAUAUCAUCAAAUUAAAGACAAUGUUUCAAUAUUUUGCAUCUGCCAAGGUUUUAUAGCAGUAAAUGACUUAUGCUCGCUUAAAUAUGUAUUAAAAAGAUGGCAAGGCAAGAGGUUAAUAUUUUAAUCUUUAACUUUAAACCAGAACGGAAGAAUUCCAUUUAUCUGAAUGCGUCGCAUGGACAAAUAAGUUCACAUAAAUGGAGUUCACUUAUCAUAAAUACAGGUUCUCGUUAUCUACAAUUUUUAUCUAUAAACAACAAUAAAAAAAAAAUUCAUCGUUUGGAUAAAUGCAAUUAAUAGGAUUUCAGUUAAUCGUACAUUAAUCGAAAUCUUAUUUCAAUUGGUGGAAUUCGGAAAUAAAUAAAAUUACUACUGUAUAAUGCUUCCAUCAACUAUACUUUGUAUAAUUAUGGUGUAAUGCAUAUAAGUGGAAAUAAAAAUAAUUCUAUUAAAAAGAAAACAUAUACGUACGAUUUAACUCUUGAAAGGCGGAUAAUUUGAUCGACUGCCUGGAUACAUUUGGACUCUCUCGUAAUAACAAUAUAUGUAUUUUAAAUAAUUUUUAUUAUAUUUUGCUUUCCGUAAAUUAAACGAUUAUUAUUCAUCACGUUGUUAAUCGAAAGAAGGAAACCUUAAAUGCGCCCAAAGGUAUCGAAGGCAACGCCUUGACGAGGGUUAAGUUAAAUGAUCCGAUAUCUAGGGGAGUGUGAUGAAAGGAUUAAUAGAAACGAAAAAAAAAAGAAAAAAAAAAUAAUAAAAAAAUAAAAGGAAACAAAAAAAAAAGAAACGAAGAAUGCAAAUAAAAAAAGAACGAGAGGAAAGGAAAAGAGGGCCAAGAAAUUGAAAAGAGCACAAUUGAUCGUAGCAAUACUACAGAGGCUGUACAUGAUAUUUUUUAGUCCGAGGUAGGUAGAUCCCUCUACCUUCGAGGUUGAAUCGAGGCACUCGAUCAAAAGGGAAACUUAACAAUUUAUAAUCCAUCGUUGAAAAAUAAUAAUAAUGGAAAAAAGAUUCAUAGAGAAACAAAGAGAACGAGAAAGCGGAUAAAAGAAAACGAAAAAAAAACAAAAAAAAAAAAAACAAAAAUAAUAUAAAAGGAAAGACAAUUGUCAAAGUUAAGUUCUUCAAGCAGAAACAACUCCUAUUGUUGUGUUUUCGUUCGUUUCUCCUCGUAUUGCGCGAUUUUGCGAAACCGUGUAUAUUUCUCUCUUUCUGUCCGAUUGCGAUUUCCUUUUUUUUCCCCUCCACGUUUACAUCGCUGAAAAUCGAUUUUGUCAUGAGCUAUUCAAGAGGGCCUUCACCCUCUCGACGUAUCGGUACACAAACGUGUUGUAUACACCUAUUGGUCGUCGAAUUCGGUCGCUUUUCGAUCGUUUUUUUUUUGCUCCUUCUACUGUCCGUUUUGCUGUAUUUUGUAUUGUUCGUGCGCGAUCGUUUUUUUUAAACGCUUGCUCAAUUCCCGAUAGUAUUUUUUUUGGACGGCGUUUUACGAAAUAAGAGGAAAAAAGACGACGGAAAAGGCGCUGUUACGUAUUUCAAGCGAAUAUGAUAGAUCGAAGAUUUUCCCUCUUUUCUUUUUAUUUUUAUCUUAUUUAAAAUGUCGUCCAGAUGAGAGAAUUUGCAAAUGCACAAAGGAAACGAUGUUUCGUUGAAGCAACAAUAAUGAUAAUAAUGAUGACUGUUACGUUAUUCUUCGAUAAUUAUAUAGCGUUUAAAAAUCGUCCUUUUGCGUAUCGCGUUUCACGUUCCACAAUUUCAUUGUUGACGACUAGAAAAAAAAAAAAAAGAUCUAAUUUUUUUAUCAGAGACAUUUGUCUAUUUUUCGUUGUUCUAAAAAAACGCAGCACUAAGAACGCGCAAUCUUUUAUUCCCAAGAAGAAGAAAAGAAAAAAUAUAUAUAUAUAUGUACGAAUCUUUUCGAAGCAGAGUGUGUUUUUCAACUGUACCGUUUGUUCAUUCCGUGUUUGAUUUUUUUCUCUCUCUCUUUUUUUUUGUAUCAAUUUUAUCUUUCACGAUAGAUCUACACAAACAGAAGUAUACAGGAAAGCGGAAGUAACGAAAUAAUACGUCGAAUAGCAAUUGUAGUAGUGAAUAAUGAAAUUUUCUAGUAUACCAUACCUCGAGGACGCGUAAACACUGUACUGUUUAUCGUAUGUAUGCAACAUGCAAAAGCAAAAUAUAUGUGUUGAUGUGUAAUAA